CAUGGACAGAAGACGUUUCCAGUGGGCUGGACUAGACUAUUCACUCCGGAGGGGCGGCAGAUUUGCGCUACGAACUUUCAGGAAGGAAACUAGUAGCUCGGGAGCACAGCCCUACCUCCCGAGGAGAGGAAUGGAAUGCACCCGGAACUCACUUCCUCUUCAAGACGUGUAUUGAAUUAAGAAAGCAGUUGCACCUGUUCGCAUGAAACGUUCAUGUUUGGAGAGAUGGCAACUUGAGAAGCACAAGAACAACGGUAGCGAACGGGAUCAGCGUGUUGAAAUGUCGUCCCAGGUUGGGAACGUGGCGGAACUUUUAGAAAUAGACAUAUGUGACGGCGACAUCUGUUCGGAGGGGGAAAGCGGAGUGUUCAUCAACUCCGAUACAGGUGCGUCACUCUCAGACGGCUUCUCGGCGUUUCAGCAGUGGACUAGACCUGGUUGUCGUUCCACUUCAGGCCACAACAACACAGGCUCUGUCUCAGAGAGACCGAGAGACUGCUCCAGCGACACAUCAUCGUCAUGCCCGAGUCUGCAUCCCCAGAACGGCCUGGGGUCUGGAACCGGUGAUCGUGUGACCCUUGGCGACCUCCAGGGCGAGGAUGUCCGAGCCCCCCGCUCCUCCAUAGUGGACUGUCUGUUGGUGGAGCUUUAUGAUACCUACAGCAGCGCCCGGCUCAGUGUCGACAGCCCGGAUAGCAGCACCGAGGCGUCCAGCUCUGAGCUGUUCUGCCGCAGUAAUACUGGAUCCAGCUUCCUCCAGGAGCUACAGGAGAAACACACCAGGAGACACCAGGUCAACUACCUGUCUCAGAAAGCACCAGAAGAGUUGAGGUGUAUCAUAGAGGAGGUUCUCUACAGGACAGGGCUCCAGUCGGCCAAGCUGAUCUAUAUAUCUAUAUAUCUAUAUAUCUAUAUUGUGUCCCAGCACCAGAAGACACCAGAAGAGUUGAGGUGUAUCAUAGAGGAGGUUCUCUACAGGACAGGGCUCCAGUCAGCCAAGCUGCUGCGCCAGCUGAAGAGGAGAGACCGCUUCAAUCACAAGCUGCAGAAGAAAUAUGACAUCAUCACCGCCUGUCUGCAGGCCGUGUCCCAGAAGAGAA